UUACCUAGUAGGUAGGUACGUGCUAGGUACCUACAUAUUUGAUAGGUAGCAUUAAAGGCAAAUAUGGGCAAAUAAUGUUAUUUGUAUUAUAUUUCACAUUCAUUGCACAUUCGAAACUGUCUGUAGUAAUUGAUUUAUCUUGAGAUUUAUAGUUUUCGUAUUUUUUUGUCAGGUCACAUUCCAUUGUGAUAGCAUACAGACGUUUCAGAAUUUGUUGUCAAUUAACUGAACGUAUCUGAUAUGGGAGGUGGUGAUUUAAAUUCUAAGAAAUCAUGGCAUCCCAACACUAUGAAGAAUCAGGAGCGAGUGUGGAAGGCAGAGCAAGCUGCUGCACAAGAAAAAAAACGUAUUCAAGAAUUGCAACGGGAACAUGCUGAAGAAAGAGAUCGAUUUGAACUCAACAGCAUGAUUAAACAAAAUGUAGCUUCGUCUUCUGGAUCCAAUGAUAAUCGUUUACAUUGGAUGUAUGAUAAACCAGACAGAAAAGUGCAACAGGAGGAUUAUCUUCUUGGUAAAUCCAUAGACAAGAAUUAUGAUAAUGCAGAGAAAAAAGAACAAGAAAUCAUUCCAGCUGUGGCUCGGCGAGUGGUCGGGUCCAGCAUGCUGUCUUCAGCUGGUGAUGCCCAGGUAGACUUGGCAAGGAAAAUUCGGGAGGAUCCCCUACUGCUGGUGAAAGAGAGGGAGCGAGCAGCUCGCGCAGCUCUUCUUAACAACCCAUUGCAAAGACGGCGAUUGACAGAGUUAUUAAGAAAGGAACAAGAUCAAAAAAAGGGUCAUAAGUCAAAGAAAAAAUCAAAAAAGAAAAAUACAGACUUAGAUAAACAGCUGGCAGAAAAACUCAAUGCUUUGGGUGGAGAAAAAGGUAUUAACUUGGCGACACUAUUGGCCUCGGAAGAUUCUGACACAGAUUCAUCAUCAUCUGAGGAAGAAAAAUUAAAGAAGAAAAAGAAAAAACAUAAAUAUGACAAGGUAAAAAAGCAAGAUAAAAAAAGAAAAAAGAAUAAGCACAAUUCUUCUGAUGAAUUGGAUGAUGUGGUAAAUAAAUCUGCAAAACAGGAUUUUAAGGAAGUUAGUCAUCAUACUGAUUGCUAUAUAAAUAAGGAAUCUCGAAAGAGAAAAAGUGAUGAUUCUUCUGACUGCGAGAGCAAAUACAAAAAAGGUAAAUCAAACAAUUCCGACAAAAAUAUAAAAGACCGAUACUCCGAGAGAAACGAGGCAACGAGGGACGAUGGUAGGAAACGGUCGGAAUUUAGAUCCGAUCACAAUAAUAGGGAUUAUAGACACUCCAGCGAGCGUAAGAGGAGAGGGAAGGAGAUGAGCUCCUCAGAGCGUACGGCGAAGCUGGCGGCGAUGGCGGCGGCCGGGGCGGAGCGCGAGCUGGAGCGCGGGCGCCGCGUGGCGCAGCAGCGCGCUGCGUCGCCUGAGGUCACUGACCUGCCGCGUCGCGCUGCGCCUGCGCUGCCUGACUCGCUCGAGGCCCGCAUACACUCCAACAGGCACUACAUCCAGCGCGACCACAGACACAUGGACAAACAUUUUGCGAGGAGGUGAUGAUACUACGGUAAACAAGAAGCGAUCCCAUUUGCGAUGAACUUUUGUAUUAUAAUAUAAAAAAUAAAACAUUUGUACUUAUCA